UUGGAACUAACAAAAUAUAUAACGUCGCGCAGUUGAGUUUUCCGCGGGAAAACAAUGUCCGGAUAUCGAAGAGUGAAUUACUACGAACUGUGCAGAUUGUGUACCAGCAGCGAAGGAACCAAAAUGAACAUUUUCCGGGAGGAAGGUCGCAGGUUGCAGCUACAAACGAAAAUUCAGACGUACUUGCCUAUACAGGUUUUGGAAGAGGAUUCUUUGCCAAAAAUUGUUUGCCACGAAUGCGUAAAGAAAUUAGAGAAUUUCAUUGAAUUUAGAGAGACAGUCGUGAGUGCAGAGGGUAUGCUAGAAUCUUAUUUCACUUCGUUGCGAUUCUCUGAGGAUUUUCUGAAGGAAGGUAAGGUUUACGUGAAAAGCACGGAAAAGGACAGACCUGCAACACCUGAGAAUGAAGUAUUGAAAGGAAUUGAGAAGGUGACACCAGCACAAGGAAAUCAAAUAGUCAACAAUGACCAACAAAUACAACAUCAACAGCCUGUUGUUGUUAGUAAUAUAAAUGCUUCGAAUAUUCAAAUUAUUAGUGGAGUUCAAGCAAGAGUUCAACAAUACAAAUGUGCCAUGCAGAUGCAACCAGGGGGUAUGGCGGCUGCUGUUGUAGAGGCAACAGCAGAAACUCAUUAUAGUUAUCAGCAACAAACUUCACAGCAAGUAUCUCCUCAACAAUCAAAUGAAGCACAAAAUCAAAUUAAUGAUCAACAAACUACAACCUCGCAAAUUCAAGUGCAAAAUCAAAUUCAGAAUCAUGGACAAAUAAAUCAACAGAUACAGUCACAAAGACAAAUCUCGCAGCAAAUUUCUCAAUCACAAAAUCAAACACAAGUUAAUCAACAACAACAAAAUCAGUCACAAAUUACACAACAGAUUCAACAGUUACAAAGACAACAAAGAGAGUUUGAAAAACAACAUAGACAGCUUCAACAAAUUGAGAAACAGGUGCAAAUUGCUACACAAGAGUUCCCUAUUAAACAGGAGUCUCAAAGUCAAGUAGUACAUCAAAAUAAUAAUAUCAUUUUGAAGGCAGACUCUGAGUCUAAGCAAAACCAACAAAUCAUUCAGAAAGUACAAUCUGAAACUCAGAAAGAUGAAAGUGGAACACAAAAUAUACAAGGUUAUACUGUACAAGCUACACCGGAGGUAUUUUUAAAUUUGGGAUUUAAAGAAACUCCUCUGGUCACACAAACUGUACGAGAUGAGUCAAAGGAGUUUAAGGACUAUGCAAAGUCAGAAGAUACAAUAUCUCGCAACUCGAUUGGACAGAUUUCCGAAUUUCUAAGAAUCAAAUCAGGGCCUGAACCAACAUCUUUAAUUACUGUGAAUCCUCAAGUUAUUUCGCAAACUCAUAGGAAUGCCACCUGUAAAGAAUGUGGCAAAAUUUUCAAUACCAUAAAUCAAUUGAACACUCAUAGUUGCUCAGUUCAGAGCCUUUUAAGUGAAACUUCUGAUAAUGGUAGUAAUAAAGAAGAUCCUUUACAAAAUAAUAGCAAUUCAUUUAGUUGUGAUGUUUGUGGUAAGCCAUUCAAACGAAAAGAACAUCUUUAUCAACAUAGAAAACUACAUACUGGUGAACGUCCUUAUGUGUGCACCACAUGUUCAAAGGCAUUUAGUCGAAAAGAACAUUUAGUUAGGCACUCUGUAUCUCACACAGGUGAAAAAAUGCACGAGUGUGAAAUGUGCGGUAAAAGCUUUUCUAGAAAAGACAAUCUUCACAAACAUCGUAAAACACAUGGUGUAUCGGGUCCGUAUAUCUGUGAAACAUGUGGAAAGUCAUUCGUGGUAAAGCAUUACUAUCUAAUGCAUUUAACAACUCAUGCUUCGACUAUUGGGGAUGGUGUAAAUUGCCAAGAUCCUUUACCAUAUAAAUGUGAUAUUUGUCACAAAGCAUUUUCUGUAAAACAAUAUCUUACAACUCACAAACUUAGGCAUAGAUCAAAGAAUAAUAAUAAUUCUUCUCAGAAUACUGCAAAUGGUCAUCAGCAGCAGCAGCAACAACAGCAGCAGCAACAACAACAGCAACAACAACAACAACAAACACAACAAUCCAACACGACAAGUAACAUAAAUAUGGUGACAAGUAAUGUUACUAAUUCUGGGAGUUUAAAUAAUAACAAUGGACAGUCUAAUAAUGGAUCAACGGUUGAAAUGCAAAGUGUUAUUGAAAGAAAUGAACAACCAAAUGGUUCAUUUAAUAAUCAGUAUCAUAAUAAUAUACAAGAGUUUCAAUGAGAUAAGGGGAAGCGUGUCUAUUAUGUUCUUUUGCCAAACGGUAACAAUCACAAGAUUGUUGUUAUGUGAGCAAGAGAAAUUUUGACGCGCUAAAAUAUUUUCUUAAACUAUACCUGCUGUUACUCGAGAAGGAAAUUUUUUAUACUUUGAUAAGGCAAGAAGACGGAUUUAAAUAUGUACUAUUAUUUUAAACAGAUUAAAUGAACUUAUCAUUUAUAUUAAUCACUAAUCAAUCAGUCAGAAAGUAGAAUCUUCAGUGGCUUAUGAGCUUAACUUGAAGUAUAUUGUACAUAUAUUUUGCCAGUAAAGUAUUACAUGUAUGAAAUGCAUGCUAUGUUUUGUAUGAAUGCACACUGAUAUUUAAUGUUCAAAGAAAUCGUGUGCUAUAAAAUUUAAGUGUGCGUAGAUAGUCAUGAGGUUGUUCCAAUACCUGAUUAGAGACAUAUUUCCAAAUAUAUUAGCUUAAAAUGAAAAUAUCAAAUAAAUGUCUAAUCAGAAUAUUAAGUAUGAAUCAUUAUUUUUUAUUUUAGUUAGUUAUAUUAAU